GGCGGCGGGUGACGUCAGGCGGCCCCGGAAGGGCGGGGGGCGCGGGCCGGGUGCAGCCGGGUCCCCGCGGUCCCGUCCGGUGCCGAGCCGUGCCCGGUGCCCCCGGUGCCCCCCGGUACCGGUACCGCCGCCAUGACGCUCGCCGUCUUCUUCGGGUGCACCUUCAUCGCCUUCGGGCCCGCGCUCAGCCUCUUCCUCUUCACCAUCGCCCGCGACCCGCUGCGCAUCAUCAUCCUCAUUGCUGGGGCGUUCUUCUGGCUGGUGUCGCUGCUGCUGUCCUCCCUCAUCUGGUUCAUCGCGGUGAAGGCCAGCGACCCGCGCGACGAGGCGCUGCAGAGGGGGCUGCUGAUCUUCGGGGUGAUGUUCUCGGUGCUGCUGCAGGAGGCCUUCCGCUUCCUCUACUACAAGCUGCUCAGGAAGGCCAUCGAGGGGCUGGUGGCCCUCAGCGAGGACGGCUGCUCCCCCAUCUCCAUCCAGCAAAUGGCAUACGGUGAGUGCCACGCGGGGCCCAGGGGACGGGGGUACCCGGGUCUGAUGGGGUUUGGGAGGUGCCUGGGGUGGGGGGACCAGGGGUUUGGGGUGUCACGGCCUCUCUGUCGCGGCAGUGGCUGGCGUGGGCUUCGGCCUCAUGAGCGGCGCCUUCUCCAUGAUCAACCUCCUGGCGGACGCGCUGGGACCGGGCACCGUGGGCAUCCACGGGGACUCGCAGCUCUACUUCCUGACCUCAGCCUUCAUGACCAUGGUGUUGAUCUUCCUGCACACCUUCUGGGGCAUCCUCUUUUUCCACGGCUGCGAGAACCGGCGCUGGUGGGAGAUCGCGGCCGUCGUCGUCAUGCACCUUGCGGUGUCGGGGUCGACGUUUUGGAACCCGCUGUACGUGGGCAGCCUGGUGCCCUCCUACCUGCUGAUGGCCGCUGCUGCUGUCUGGGCUUACCUGCUCUCGGGGGGCUCUGCCCAGAACCUGCGUCGCUUUCUGCUCUGUUCACAGAGCGGAGCCAGCCCCCAGCUGGCAUCCUGAGGCCCCGCAGGACGCUCCCAUCCCCACCUGCCCCUGCCCUCCCCUCCGUCUCGGCGGCAAGAUCGGCACUCGCCUCCUCUGCAAUACAUUUUCUCCUGGAAUGGGGGACCCCGGCCAGCCCCGGAGGGGCAGGUACCGCCACCCAGCUGCAGCACCCAGCGGACAAGUGGCACUGGGGCUGGCCUGCUCCUCUGCCCCUCUGGGGACAGCUCAGCCUGCGGGACUUGGCUUUGCUGGCCCCGAGUUAUCCUGCCUGGGAAGAAGCCUUCCUCGGACUGAUCCCAAGGAACCCCCUCGCUUCUCCCCCCGGCGCAGAAGAUGCCCCGUUGUCCCCUGUGCCGCUGGGGGACACCUGGGGUGGAGGAAGCAGCUUUGCAAGGCGCCGUCUGGGCCAGGGCUGAACGCUGCGGUGCUACUCUCUCCACCUCUUCACUCCCUGCUCACAGCAAGACGUGGCCCCAGCGCUGGACUGCAGUGAGCUGGCAUCCCGGGGGUGGUGUUGGGGGGCUGGCAUGGGCGGGGGGCAGCUGCUGGGGACGGAGGGUGGUGGGAGGGGAUGUGGGCAGGUGGAUCCCACCAGCCCUGGUGGGCGGCCAUGGGCCAGCGAGCCUGCAGCUGGUGCCAGCACGGCCUGGGGAGGGGCGCUGGGGGCUGCCCCCGGGGAUCAUCGCCCUCUCCAGGGGCCAGAGGGGGAUUUUCAGGCAGGCACCGGCCCUGAUGCUGUGCUACAAGAUGGGGAUAUUGAAACAGCCCACGGGCUCAGUGCUGAGAAGGCGGCUUUGUCUACAGUGGGCUUUUAUACCAAUAAUAAAAAAAAAUAAGUACCAUA